AUGUCGCUGCACUCUCGCACCGCACGCACUGCCGCCUGGCGUGUGUCGACGCUCGAUCCCUCUCUCUUCGACCCGCCGCACGCGCCUCUCGAACGCCGCGGUGCGCCUUCGAUCAAAAGCGUCUCGACCGGCUCGCUGGACGCGGCAGCCGACCACGGCCCAGCCUCGGUCUCGAGCGCGCCUCACCGCUGGUGCCAGUCGAGCGCGCACUCGGAGAGCUCGCACUCGCAGCCUGCAGCUCAGCAGCUCGAUCGCAGCCAGAGCCUGAGCAGUGACGCUCGUCCGCCCGCGCAUCUGGUCAGGCGUGAGCUUGCUGGUUCUGCCGCUUCGCAAGAGCUCGCAGAGCAGGCUUUCUACCGCUCGCGCACCUCCUCGCGCGCCGGCAGCAGCGCCGGCACCGAGCCGCACCGCGCACCUAGCGAGCCGGACAGGCGUCGCCUCUCAAUCGGCGGCUCGCCGCUGCAGCAGCCGGGCGCACGGCCAGAGCCGCAGCCGCGCAGCAACAGCUUCGGCUUGCGCAAGUUCUUCGGCGCCUCCAAGAAGGAGAAGAAGCGCCAGCAGGAGCUCGAGGCGCAGCGUCACUUCCGCGACGACGAGCUUCCGCACAGGUACAACGACUCGCGCCAGCCGCAGAGUAGUGCUCGCAUUGCGCAUCCCGGCCGUCAGCCGUCGCAGAGCUCGACUGCCACCAGCACCUCGUCGGCACUAGGCGAGAGCAGCUUUCUGCGCCGUCUGCGCCCGAAGCGUCGCCGCCAGAAGUCGUUCGAGUCGGACGAGCCGGUUCAGCCGCACUACCACCCUCCGCAGCAGACGGCCGACAGCGGCCCCUUCUUCGCCGCUUCGCCUGCGCAUUUGGCCACGCCUGCGCGUGCGUCCGAGCAAGCCAAGGGCAAGCCGAGAGCGGGCGGGCACCGUCGCACUUCCUCGGGUCUCCUCAGAGAGGCAUCUGCGAGCGACGUCCGCUCGUAUCCCACGGACGACAGCUCGGGCACCGAAUCCGACUGGAGCCGCUCGACGCCGUCUGUGCGUCGUCUGCGCCCGCAGCGUAGCGACCGCCUCCUUCCUGGCGGCCUUGCGACAGUCGAGGCUUCGCCUCCAGACGAGCGUCCGCCGCCCGUCUCGAACGACAUCAUCCAGCGUCUGCAGGCCGCACGGCAGAAGCAGCACGACCCUUCGCGCACUGCGAUCUCGCCCUUGCUCGAGGCCUCUCAGGAGUCGCCUCUCGCUCGACAGAAGCAGAGCGGCGAGCAGCCGCGAGACUACUUCGCGCCGCGUCCGCAGCCCGCUCCGCGCGCCAGCUCGACGACGAUCACUGCGGCAAGGCAGCAGAUCUCGCAAGACACAGUCCUCUCGGCUCAGCGCCCGCAUUUGAGCGGCUCGGUUAGCGACACGGAGGUCGAGAUGGUCAACUCAAACGGAGCGGACUCACAGGGCAGCAGCAGCAAGUGGAAGCUGCCCUUUGCGAAGCGCAGCGCAUCGAGCGCAUCGCAGUCGCACCAAGACCACGCGCCCACGGUGCAGGCUGUGCGCGACUAUCCGAGCAGCGAUAGCCUGCCCGGCCGUGGCAAGUCUCCCGGCUCGCAGCGCAGCGGCGGCGGUGUUGGCGAGUACAAGGAGGAGUGGGACAGCGCGGAGAAUCGCGAGCGCGCAGAGCAUCACGCAGCCUCGCAGCGUCCGUCUGACCCGCGGCUGGCUGGCGCCAUCGGCCUGCUCGACGCACAGCCGCCGUCUGCCAGCUCGCACCGGUCCGAUGCGUUCGACAGCAUGCGCUCGCAGACGCAGCGCAGCGCCAGCGGGCCGUCCGACUACGGCUCCCUCAACACGAGUCCGGGUGCCUCGAGCAGCACGAACGGCGGCAAUUCUCAGCGCGGCGGCAAGAGCAAGCUGGAGCGCAUGAUGGGCGAGGGCGCCGCCGCAAUGUCGCGCUCGAGCAGCAACCCCAUGCCGCGCACCGCACCGCAAGUCGAGCGGCUGCAGACGCAGUCCGCCACUGCGUCGUCGAACGGCGGCUUCUCGCCGGCGACGACCGCCAGCAUGCUGCCAGACGACGCGUCGUGUCCAGUCUGCCUCGAGCUGCUCUCCUUCCGGCUUGCCGGCGAGAAGCCGCACGUCGUGCCGGUGUGCGGCCACUCGUUGCACCACGCCUGCUUCACGGCAGUGUACGGCGAACCAGAGGCGAUCCUCGCACAGCAAGGCUCUCGCGGCGGCGAAGGCAGCGGCCGCCCGAACAACGCCGGACCGCCGGGCAUGUGCGGCGUCUGUCGCCGACCCAUUGUCCUCGGCGACGAGAGGGAGAACAAGCGUCAGAAUAAGCUGGCGGGAAUGAUGGGAGUGGAAGGCUCGCAAUCUCGCACUCCUGCCGCUCCCGGAUCCAGCGACAGCAACGCCGGCGGCGACGAUCCGCUCGACACACUGCAGCCGUACCGCUCGCGCUCGCGCGAGCAGAUGCGCGACGGCGGCUCGGCCUCACCGUACGGCUACAGCGGCAGUGCGCAUGGCGGUGGAGGCGAGGCGCGCGGCAUGGUGCAGCCCAUCAUCAAGGUGCGGCCCGAGUACGGCACCAUCUACCGCAAGGACCCGACGGGCGCGCGCGGCAAGCAGAACGUCGUCUGCGUCCUCUCGGUCGAGAUCCCGUCGCGGCGCCCACCGCCAUCGCUGGGCGAGCAGGAAGAGCAGCAGCGCCAGCUGGCGCGCAAUUGGUCGGCCGUGGGCGGGUCCGCGCUGGGCAGCAUUGCCGACGCCGACGAUGCGAGUGACACGCGCAGUGUGAGUGCCGUCUCGCGCUUCAACGGCGGCAGCACGGUCGACUCGCACCACAUGGCGCCGAGCGAGGCGGGCGAUGAGCAAGACGUCCGGGACGGCCAUCGCCCUGUCACGCCGGACAAUGGCCAGCGUCGCGGCGAGGCUCCGCGCUCGCCGGAUGCCGACGAGGAGGGCUUCUCCUUCGGCGCCACGCCUGCUGCAGGCUCGAUCGCGCACGAGGACCCGUUCAAGCCCGUGAUGGACGAUCUGCGCAAUCGCAUUGCCGACUGGAAGGGCCACUCGAUCGAGCGCUUCGGCCAGCUCGUGCUCUACGACUACCUGGGUGUCCGGCAGGACGAGGUCGUGCGCGAGUUCUUCGUCUAUCUCUUCCACGAGGCGCUGCUGUGCGUCGCCGAGGAGCGCAAGAAGGAGAAGGGUCUCUCGCGCUUCAUGACCGGGCCGACCGAGCGCAGCGCCGGCGCGGCCACAGACUCGAUCCGCCAGCCUGGCGCUGCGCCCGGGUCGGGCCCGAGGCCCGCUCUCAAGCUCAAGGGCCGCAUCUGGCUGCGCCACAUCCGGCGCGUGCAGGACACGUCGUCCAACGGCAACCUCAGCCUCAGCGUCAAGCUCGACGACGAGAGCCUGAACCACUUCAUCCUCUGCUUCAAGGACCGCGGCACGCUCGAGACGUGGCGCGGCAAGCUCGUCGAGCUCGUGCAGGUGCACAAGCCGCAGGAGCCGCCUUCGACGCCCGUUAGCGACGCCUCGCGCAGCGCAUUCUCGCAGCCCGACGCCACGCCGACGAGCCCCGCAGUCACGUCGGCCACGUCGCGGCGCGGUACCGCGACCUCGACCAUCUCGGCCAUGAGCGGCAAGACGAGCGGCACGUCGCCGACCAGCCGGAUGCAGAAGUCGCCUGCCAUGGCGCAGCACCGCUCGACGGAGUCGCUGCACCUCAUGAACCGCUCCUCGAGCCAGCCGCUGGCGCACGCGCCGCAUCAGCAGUGGUCGGCGUCCGGCGGGCUGGACCCGGGCCUGCCGCCGCCCGAGCUCCUGCCGCACACGCCGAUGGACCUCGUGAUCAUCGUCUCCGUGCCGGCCGUUCCGCCGACGCAGCAGCACGGCUCGUCGGUGUCGUCCUCCGCCGCGCUCAAGCUGCGCCUCAUCCGCUCCACGCUUGAGUUCGUUGUCUCGCAUCUCGGGCCCAAGGACCGGCUGGCGAUCGUCGCGUACAGCGUCGGCACUGAGGGCGAGGUGCGGCGCAGCGCGCUGCUCAACACGAACAAGGAGAAGAGCCGAGCGCGCCUCGAGCUUCUCAUCGAGGGCAUCGGCCAGCCGUGGUCGGGCGAUGGCGAGGAUCCGUUCCGCGAGUCGCUCGAGCGCCUCGGCGGCUCGACGGACCGCACCGACACGAUCACCGCCGUCAACGUCGGCCUCGACAUUGUGCUGCAGCGCAAGAGCCGCAACCCGGUCACUGGCAUCUUGCUCAUCAACGACACGGCCGAUGCGCCGCGCCGCGGCCAGAUGGAUCUCGUCAUGGCGCGAGCUGAGGCGGCGAACGUGCCGAUCCACUCGUUCGGCUUCGGCAAGAGCCACGAUCCAUCGUCGCUCUGGCUGAUCUCGAACCACACACGCGGAUCGUACACCUUCGUGCGCGAGUGGUACCAGCUGCGCGAAUGCGUGUCCGGCUGCAUCGGCUCGCUCAUGUCCAUCGCGCUCACCGAGGUGCGCCUGCACAUCAACGUGCCGUCGGACAAUCACUUCCGGGUGCGCAAGGUGGCAGGCCCGACGGGCGCCAUCGUCUCGGCGACGGGCAAGGACGUGGACAUCGAGCUGGGCGAGCUGCGCUUCGGCGAGUGCAAGGAGCUGCUCAUCGAGCUGGAGCUCGAGUUCAACGCGCUCGUGCCGUUCAUCAUGGAGGAGUCUGCCGACGGGCGCCGGGCGCCGCGCAAGCUCGCUGGCGCCGCAUACGAGUCCGGCAGCGCGACGGACGACUUCAUGCAGCGCCUCGGCCUGCAGAACCUCAGCCUCACGAGCGGCGACUCGCAGUUCGACGCGCGUGGCUCGGACAACCUUAUCGACGAGGUCGCCGUGUUCGGCGUCGACGCCGGCUUCCGCGACGUCGGCACGGGCCAGGCGCUCACGCGGCUGCCGAAUCCGUGCGUGCUCACGCUCGAGGUCGACGCCAACUCGCCCGACCCCAUCGCCGGCUCGAGCCUCAGCGGCGGCGGCGCUGCGGCGCUGGCGGACCCCGUCGUGACGCGCCGCCGCAUCGAGAUCCUCGUCAGCGACAUGAUCACGCGCAGCCUGCUCGUCGUCUCGCGCAAGAACCACGCGCAGGCGCUGCAGAUCCUCUCAGAGACGCGCCGCAUCGUCGAGACGGUGCUGCAGUCGACGCCGGCGCCGAGCGGCGGCGGCGUGGGCCCUUCGCGACGCGCCAGCCUCAGCUCGUCAUCUGGCGUCGCCACGCCGCGCAGCACAGGCCCGAAGCGUCAGCGCGAGGCGCUCCACCGCCGCACGGCCGAGAGCCUGCUGGCGAUCCUCGAGGAUCUCGACAUGCUCAUCGAUGGCCUCGAGCAGUCGCGCAGCUCGUUCGACCGCGACGGCCGCAACGCCGGCGCCCAGCAGGCCAUGAUCCUGCGCGACCAGCGAGCCUUUACGACGCGCUCCGACACCGAGUGGCUGCGCUUCGCGCUCGCCGGCGGCGACAAUGGUCCGGCCUUUGCGGCGCGGGCUGCCGCCUUUGCCAGCCUGCGCGGCUAGUCUGGCUUCUCUCCUCUCUCUCAUUUCCAUGCCUCUCUACGCUCCCCACCCUCACUUGCCUUCUCAUACCCCUGCCGUGCGCCAUCUCUCUGCGGAAAAUACGACUCUCAUUGCCCGCUCUCCUG